AUGGAUGAGUAUGCAUCUACCGAUACAGAUUAGUAUACGUUGGUGUAAAUCGUCAUAAAUACUUAAAAGUUAUCGAACCUUUUACCUCUACCGGGGGAACAAUACCAUAUCAUACUAGUUGGGAGGAUCCUUCCUAGUAACGAAUUCCAAUUUCUCUACUGGCAGGCCUCCAAAUUCCAACCAAUUUGGACCGUCAGAUCAUAAAUACCCCUCCUAUUUCCCACACAUUUCUGUUCAAUUAGAUUCCAAAAAUCGGAACUGCAGAUUUCAACUAUAAUAAUAUAUUUGAAUUUUGAAGAAUUAAGUGGGGGAAGGAAGAUCGCAGAAUGUUUAAUGGUAUGAUGGAUCCAGCUUUGAUCAAAAUGGCUCAAGAGCAAAUGAGUCGCAUGUCCCCCGAUGAUUUGGCCAGGAUGCAGCAGCAGAUGAUGUCUAAUCCCGAGUUAAUGAGAAUGGCUACUGAAGGCAUGAAAAACAUGAGGCCCGAUGACUUAAAGGUUGCUGCAGAGCAGUUGAAGCAUACCCGUCCGGAGGAUAUGGCUGAGAUUGGUAAGAAAAUGGCUAAUGCAUCACCUGAAGAAAUAGCAGCGAUGCGUGCCCAAAUGGAUGCACAGAUUAAAUAUGAAAUUAGUGGAGCUGAGUUCUUGAAGAAGCAGGGAAAUGAUCUUCAUAGCCAGGGAAAGUUCACGGAGGCCCUGCAGAAAUAUUCGCUUGCAAAGAAAAAUCUGUCAAGCAUUCCCGCCGCGAAAGGCAAGAGUAUCUCAUUGGCUUGUUCCUUGAACAUGAUGUCGUGUUACUUAAAAACUGGAAAAUAUGACAACUGUAUAAAGGAAGGUAGUGAGGUUUUGGCAUAUGACGACAAGAAUAUAAAAGCUCUUUAUCGUAGGGGUCAAGCUUAUAAAGAGCUGGGACAGUUUGACGAUGCAGUGUCUGACUUGAGCAAAGCACUUGAAGUCUCACCUGAUGAUGAAACUAUUGCUGAUGUCUUGAGGGGCGUUCAAGAAAGAUUGGUGAAGGAAGGUGGUACUUCAAGACGUAGAGGAGGAUUGGUUAUUGAAGAAAUAACUGAAGAAGAACCAUUAGUGUCUUCAGAAACUGCGGAUAGUUCAUUCGCAAAAAAUGUUGCCUCACAACCACGUGAAGCGAUCAGCCCUCCUAAGAGUCGAAAUGAUAUUCCCGAUGGGCCUCCCUUAUCAAGUUCAGAGUCUUUGGAGGCUUUAAAAAAUGACCCAGAAUCCCUUAGAUCCUUCCAGAAUUUUAUUUCUCGCGCUGAUCCAGACACCCUAUCUGCCCUCGGUGGCGGAAAUACCGAAGGCAUACCUCCUGAAAUGGUAAAGACAGCCUCCAAUGUUAUUGGCAAGAUGUCUCCAGAAGAACUGCAAAGAAUGGUCCAAUUGGCUUCCUCCUUUCAAGGAGAAAAUCCCUUUCUUAAAAAAGGCUCCUCAGAUAAUUUUGGACCUGGCGGAGUUCCUCCAAACGUGUCACCUGACAUGAUGAAAAUGGCAUCUGAUAUGAUGGGCAAGAUGUCUCCAGAAGAAAUGUCGAAGAUGUUUGAAAUGGCAUCUUCGUUAAAAGAGAAAAGUCCAGUAUCAGCUGCAACAACUAUCGAUUCUAAUGGGUCAGGUCAGCAGUCAAAAUCUCGAGACACUAGGGAAAAUUUUAGAGUGGAUGACAGUACAAGUGCAAGCACUUCAUCACAAGGGUUUUCUGAUUUCAAUAAUGGUUCCCAAUCACACUUAUCAAGUUCAAAUGUUGAUCUACAAGAAGAAAUGAGAAACCGAAUGAAAGAUCCAGCUAUGAGACAGAUGUUCUCUUCAAUGAUUAAAAACAUGAGUCCAGAGAUGAUGGCUAAUAUGAGUGAACAAUUUGGGGUGAAGCUCAGUCAGGCAGAUGCUGAGAAAGCUCAACAGGCAAUGUCAUCUUUGUCACCAGACGACUUGGAAAAAAUGAUGAAGUGGGCUGAUAGAAUUCAAAGAGGAGUGGAAAGCGCGAAGAAGACGAAAAAUUUCCUCUUAGGAAAACCUGGCAUGAUCUUGGCUAUACUUGUGCUUCUUUUGGCAGUCGUCCUUCACUGGCUGGGCCUCAUCGGGCGCUAGAGUUGUGACGUGCUAGCCAAAGAUUAGCAGAAAGAGCUGCUGGUAUGACCCAUGUCCAAUGUGUGGAGUUUUGUUUGGAAUCCUUGUUUUAAUGGCACUUGAAAUGGGAAUCAUCAGUGGAUGAAAGUUCAACCAGUUGGUUGAAGAUGGCUCCAGUAAUUUUGUUAUAUUACAUUACUUUUUUGAUUUGGGUGUUCUGAUGUAUCGCUGUAUCUGCAACCUGACAAAUUAAUUAGUUUGUUUGUUUCGCAUUAGAACGCACCAUUUCUAGAUAAGACUUAUUUUUCCAAAUUCAGAAAUCAUGAACUCACUGACUGGGAAAUAAUUGCCUAAAAUAACAAUUUCUUUUAUUGGGUCUCUGA